ACGUCACACCAGGGCGUGGCCCACAUGCUGAGAAGCCGGUAUCUGUCUGUCACGGGGAGCACCAGGCUUCCCAUUGUGAGGCAGAGACGCGGGGACAGCGAGCUCCAGAGAGUCCGGGGCACGGGAUGUAUCAGAGUCCGGCAGGUCGGCUGUGCUCGGCGCUGAGAGACGUGCCUGCGCUGUGCGCCUCCUCUCUGCGGCAGCAGCCACAGCACUCCCCGGUGAAGCGAGCCCUCUCGCCGCCCGUCCUGGGUUCCCUGGCCGGCUUUGGUUGCUGUCAUAGUCUGGCCGGCUGGAUCGGAGACGGACCGGUGAAAGCAGCGUCUACCGCGGGCACAUCAUCCCCUCCAGUGCCGGCAGGCGGAGCGGCCGGGAGCUCUGGCCGGGCAGCUUCUCGAUCAGUGUGUUCCAUGGGAAACAGCACCAGCCGCUUGUACAGUGCUCUUGCCAAGACGCUCAGCAGUACAGCUGCCAUUUCCCAGCACCAGGAUUACCCUGAAGAAUCUGAACAGCUGGAUCCGCUGGACCCCAAAGAUCUUCUGGAAGAAUGCCAGGUGGCUCUGCAGGACCGGCCCGCCAGGCUCCAUAGGCUGUUUGUUGGCCGGACAGAUGAUCUCAGCAGCCCACACACCUUCCGAGUGAUGCAGUGGAAUAUCUUGGCUCAAGCUCUCGGAGAAGGAAAAGACAAUUUCAUUAAUUGUCCAAUGGAGGCACUGAAAUGGGAUGAACGAAAGUACUUGAUCCUUGAAGAGAUCCUCAUGUAUCGUCCUGAUGUCUUGUGCCUGCAAGAGGUAGAUCACUACUUUGAUACGUUCCAACCAAUCCUUAGUAGGUUGGGCUAUCACUGCACUUUUUUGGCUAAGCCGUGGUCUCCCUGCUUAGAUGUGGAACAUAAUAAUGGGCCAGAUGGCUGCGCCUUCUUUUUCCUUCAGGACCGCUUUCAGUUUGUCAGCAGUGCCAAAUUCAGGCUGUCAGCUCGGACAUUAAAAACCAACCAAGUAGCCAUUGCUGAGGUGCUGCAGUGUAAGAAAACUGGCAGGUUGCUGUGCUUUGCUGUCACCCACCUAAAGGCCCGCACUGGAUGGGAGAGGUUCAGACUUGCACAGGGCACAGAUCUUCUGCGGAAUCUUGAGUCCGUCACCCAAGGUGCCAAGAUUCCUCUAGUUGUUUGUGGGGACUUCAAUGCAGAGCCUACUGAGGAAGUGUACAAGCGCUUUGCCUCGUCCAGUCUUAAUCUCAACAGUGCCUAUAAGGUGCUUAGUGAUGAUGGAGAAACUGAACCUCCCUACACAACUUGGAAGAUUCGUACUACUGGGGAAUCCUGCAACACGCUGGAUUAUAUAUGGUAUUCCCAGCAUGCCCUAAAAGUGAACUCUGCCUUGAGUUUGCUUACCGAAGAGCAAAUUGGGCCCAACAGGCUUCCAUCUUUCAACUACCCUUCAGAUCAUCUGUCUCUGGUCUGUGACUUAAGCUUUAACAUUGACCCCGAUAGAUUGUUAUAAUGGUUUUCACACUCAUCCUUGAUGUAUACCUAGAAAUUCUGUAUCUGUAUGAGGGACUUCAAAUAAUGAAACUAUUUAUUUUAAUGGACUCCAAUAAGUGUGUUCCAGAGUAAGUUACCUGUGACCAUUUCCUUACCAGAGCUGCUACACCGCCACAAUGGUUACCAUGAUGUUAUAUAGACUAUUAUGCUGUUUUUUUGUUUUUUUUUGUAUGUAUGGUAUUUACAUUUUUAUUUUUCCAUACUGAGUUGUAGCAUUAGAACCAAAUGCCUUUUUGUAAUGACGUGCACACAUUUAAUUUAACGGCAGUUGUUUGUCAGUCACUUUUUCCAAAGUAUUUAUUUUUGUACUUAAAGCAAGUCGCAAAAAUCUAUAUUUAUUUGUUAAUUUAGGUAAGAACCAACAACUGGCAAAUUUUUUGUUCAAUGCAAU